AUGAAUCAAGUGUCGAACUUUGCCGUCGGCGUUGUUAAUGUCUGUGCAUAUACUAUCAUGUUCGGUACAUUGUUUGUGAAAGGAACCUUGACUUUCAAAAAUAACAACGAGAUUCGUAUGACAUUGCAAGCUGCAGUGGUAUCACUAUUCGAGUUAAUUUUCUUUCUUUAUUGGGAGUACGGUCCUACAUCAGGACUUCCUGAGUUCUGGAGGCGCGUAUGUGACGGUUAUUCAAUACUUAUCUAUUUCGACGUACUCGUUCUACCUUACGACUGUAAAGACGGAGCUAAAGAAUAUUUUCUGCAGAAAAAGAAGGUCUUCUGUCGUCAAAAUCUCGUCACAUGUGACACCACAAUGAAGCAAAGUGUCACUUCCCAUGCUCGACUAUCUCUGAAUCUUGGCACUGUUUUUUGUCGAACUUCUCUCAGCUGA